AUGAAGGAUCUAGGGGAACUAAAGUAUUGUCUUACAAUAGAAUUUGCAAGAUCAAAACAAGGAAUUCUGAUGCAUCAGAGAAAGUACUCCUUGGAGCUUAUAUCAGAACUUGGAUUAGCAACAUCUAAACCUAUCAAUACACCUAUUGACACAAGCAUAAAACUCACUACAAGAGAGUUUGUUGAACACUUGUGCAAAACUAAUCUAGCAGAAGAUGAUGUACUAGCAGACCAAGGCAGCUAUCAAAGACUCAUAGGUAAACUUCUAUACUUAACAGUUACUAGGCCUGAUAUAUCUUUCGGUGUUCAGACACUCAGUCAAUAUCUACAACAGCCAAAAAAAUCCCGCAUGGAAGCUGCAUUAAGAAUUGUUAGAUAUAUCAAGAGUCAACGAGGACAAGGCAUUCUAUUAUCUAGCAACAAUAAUGAUACAGUUACAACUUUUUGUAAUGCUGAUUGGGCAGCUUGUGCACAUACCAGGAAGUCAGUCACAGGAUAUCUGAUCAAGGUAGGUGACUCACUAGUCUCAUGGAAGUCCAAGACAAACUACAAUAUCCAGAAGUUCUACUGA